AAUGAACUUAAACUGCGGCACACCAGAUUCAGGCUACACACCAGGAAAAACCUAACAGAGCAAUAUGACAGUGGAACCAGUUGCCAAGAGAGGUUGUGGGCUCUGCCACCUGGAGACAUUCAAGACAAACUGGCAUUCAAGUCAUCUGAGUAGGUUGGUGUGACUUGGCAUCCUGCACCAGCAGAGGGUUGCAACCAAUGGCCUCCUUAGCUCCUUUCAGCCCUGCUGUUCUAUAAAUCUAUGAAUCUAUAAAUAAAAGCUAGAAUAUUGAGAAGAGUUCUAGCCAAGGCUGCUUCCUUGUCUGAUGGGUUUAUUGGCUUUCCUUUUCAAACAAAUCAAGACUUGAAGAUUUCUUGGGAAAAAGGGAGGCAGUAAAAUGUGACCAGCUAUUUACUGGCAAGUGAUGUUAUUAUGAUACCAUAAAAGAGCUAAUACACUGAUCAGAACAUUCAGAGACACAGAUGCCCUUUACUCAGUUGAGUAAUAAGCCUAAACAGAACCUUAGAACUAUUUCAUAUGUGACACCCCCAGCAGACUUUCCCUGCAUGCACGAGUAAUAAAUUAGCAGAGAGAGGUGUUUAGUGUAGCCCCCUCCCUGAUGUGCUAGAAUACAACAAGCAGGGACACACACAAAUAUCUCCUAAGGUCAGAUUCUCCAUCUUUGUAACCUAACAUUGUCUACCCUGACUCCAGGCUCCUGGACAGAGCUCCUUCCAAUACAAGCCAGCUGGUCCCUUUUAAGCACAGAGAAAGGCAAUGAAAAUGAUCAAGAGACCGAAGCAACUCCCCUGUGUGGAGCAGCUAUGACAACUGGGACUGUUCAGCUUAGAAGAAAGGUGAAUCAGGGGAGACAUGACAGAGGUGUUUAUGCAUGGAGUGGAGAGUGAGAUAUUUGUCUCCCCCUCCCAUAACACUCAAACUGGGUCAUCCCAUGAAGCCAAAUGAUGGGAGGUUGAGAACAGAUAAAAGGAAGUACUUCACACAGCAUAUAGUCAGACUAUGGAAUUUGCUGCUGCAGGAAGUAGUGAUGGCCACCAAUCUGGGUGGCUUUAAAAGGGGAUUGGACAGAUUCAUGAGGGAGGUGGCUAUCAGUGGCUACUAGAUGUCCUGGCUGAGUGCUCCCUCCUUUAGCAGUGGUGGCAUGCUUGCAUACACCAGUUGCUCAGUAGCUUGCAGGAGGUCUUGCACCCAGCUGGUUUGCCCUGUAUGUAUGGAGUACUGGACUUCAUGGAUCUUUGACCUGAUCCAGCAAGAUUGACCUGAUCCAGAUUCUUAUGUUCUUAACUGGAGAUGCAGAGAUGGAAACUGGAACUUUCUGCAUGGAGAGGAUGUGCACUACCUGUGAGUGUUGGUCCUUCCCCAAAAGAUCUCUUCUUCCACUUCAACAGGUCUCAAGCCUUUUUGCUAACCCAUUCUCUGUAUAGAGAAAAUGGUCACCUAUGUUUUUUCCAUAGAAAGAGGAUACAGAAGAAGGGACAGCAUGGGCCUCCAGUACUCUGCCAACUGUUAGCACCCUCUUUCUCUUGGAACAAAGGUCUCCUUCCCAUUUGUUUGGGAAAUGCUCUAAAAACAUAGAAGGUGCUUUUAUAGAGUCCUUUUAUACUUGCAUUAUUCUAUGACUGGGGCUGAACUGGUUGGUAUUACUCAACCUUGCUUAGAGUAGUCAUGUUGUCUCCUUUAUUGAGGACAGUCUUCUACUUGAAGAGCUGUCAGAAAACCACCCUCACCCUUGAAAGGCAGAGCAGGGGCCUUCAACUGGCCCACCAACAUUGGACCUGAACAGCAGCCUGGGCAAGUACACACUUGAAUGAGUUGUACUCUAUUUAAAUUUAUACUCAUUUCUAAAUUUACAUCUAUGCAGUCAAUUAGUAUGUGUGUAUUUCAUGCAAAUACACAUCCUCAUUCAUUAUCCUUUUGGAAGGGGAGGGGAUGAGGUAUUUCCAUUUUUUCCAUGAUGAAUAAGUAGCCAUCCUAGUUGCCUCCAUUUUGAAGAACACGUUCAGUGGAUGCAUCUUUCCCCAGCAGGGUUGGCGUGCUGCAAUGGCUGGGACCCUUUUGUAUUGAACUUCAGCCUGACAGGUAAGUGUUAAAGGCAGAGGCACCCCUGCCAGCAAACAAAACAAAAAUCGUUUCCAUUCCUGAGGCUGGAUACUUAUUCUUUUGAAGUCUACUUGGAACAAGCUGGAUCUUUGUGCUCUUGCAACAUUUCACCACCCUCUGGAGAAAAGACUUUGAUUCAAAGGGUUGGAGCACUUGAUGCUCUUAAUCUAAGUCAGACUUUGGACUGGUUGGUCUGGUUUAUUUAUAAACUAGGGAUUAAUGAUACCAACUGGAGGUAUUUCACUGGCUGAAAGUAUUUUCCCACUUUCUUCUAGCUACAGCAAGUCUUCAGAAAGGUUUAAGGCAGACCUGAGUAAAAAUGGUUGACAAAGAAAACAAGGUAGUCUCUAUUGAGCUGAACAGCAAAGGAUUGGAAAACCAUGGGUUUGUUCAAAGUGAAGAACAGGAGGAAAAGGAGACUGAACAGGAAAAGGAGACUGAAAAGGAGUCUGAAGAGUUUCCCAGCCAUUGUGCUCUUGACAUGAAACUAGAAAUGACCGGUGUACAACCUUAUGCGGGAAUGCCUAAAGAGGUCCUCAUUCAGUUUUCAUCUCAGGCACGCUACAGAAUCACCAGAGAGAUUCUCUUUUGGUUGAUCAUUGCCUCCUCCCUGGUGCUUGUGGCGGCUACAGUUGCGAUCAUUGCGAUUUCCCCCAAAUGCCUUGGCUGGUGGCAAUCUAGUCCAAUAUACCAGAUUUAUCCACGGUCAUUUAAGGACACUGACAAGGAUGGAAAUGGCGACCUGAAAGGUAUCCAAGAAAAACUUGAUCAUGUCCAGUAUCUGAAUCUAAAAACAAUCUGGAUCACCUCUGUGUACAAAUCUGCCUUAAAGGACUUUGGGUAUGGAAUAGAGGAUUUCCAAGAUAUAGAUCCAAUGUUUGGAACAAUGAAGGAUUUUGAAAACCUGGUUGCAGCAAUCCAUGAUAAAGGUUUAAAAGUGAUAAUGGAUCUAAUUCCUAACCAUACCAGUGACAAGCACAAAUGGUUUCAGCUUAGUCGCAAUCGGACUGGAAAAUAUACAGAUUAUUACAUCUGGCACGACUGUGCACAUGUCAAUGGAAGCACAACACCACCAAAUAAUUGGGUGAGCAUACCUGGGAAUUCCAGUUGGCAGUAUGAUGUUAUGAGAAACCAAUGUUAUUUUCAUCAGUUUGGAAAGGAACAGCCAGAUUUAAAUUUUCGCAACCCAAAUGUUCAGGAAGAGAUGCAUGCUGUCAUCAGGUUUUGGCUUGGCAAAGGCAUUGAUGGAUUCACAGUUAGUACUGUUAAAUACCUUCUGGAAGCAACACACCUAAGAGAUGAACCGGAAGUGAAUAAAUCCCAAACUCAGGGCACAGUCACAGCCUAUUCUGAACUGUAUCAUGACUACACCACCACCCAAGUUGGCAUGCAUGAUAUAGUACGCAGUUUUCGACACACCAUGGAUAAGUUCAGCAGUGAGCCUGGAAGAUACAGAUUUAUGAGCACAGUAGCCACUGAUGACAGCAUCCAAGAAACUAUGAUGUAUUAUGGAACAUCUUUUAUUCAAGAAGCAGAUUUCCCUUCCAACCUGUACCUCAUGAACAUGGAACAAAUCUCUGGGAAUUCUAUUUUUGAAAUGGUAGCUUUGUGGAUGAAGAAUAUGCCACAAGGGAAAUGGCCAAACUGGGCGGUCGGAGGCCCCAACAGUCCUCGAGUCUCCUCUCGGAUUGGAAAGGAAUACAUAAAUGUGAUCAACAUGCUCCUUCUAACCCUUCCUGGAACACCUACAAUAUAUUAUGGUGACGAAAUAGGGAUGGAAGAUACUAUAGCAGGAAAUGCAACUUUUGCAGAAAAAUCACCUAUGCAAUGGGACGACAGUCAACAAGCUGGCUUUAGCGAGGCUAACUCAACCUGGACAUCUGUAAAUUCUGACUAUCCAAACAUAAAUGUGCAAGAACUUCCAUAGCUUCUGAUGAUCCACAGAGUGAAAGGCUUUGCUGUAGCCCAUAAUGCAUGGGUCCUCAAACUACGGCCCAUAGGCCGGAUCUGGCCUAGCAUGCCCAUUUAUCCAGCCCACCUCAGAGGUUUCGGAGUCCCCAUACCCACCGCUGCCCGCCUGGCUGGGUGGGUGGCGAGCCAACAGCUGGCCUGCUUGGAGAUGGUUUUGGACUCACUCAGAGAUCUCUGAAACCAGAGGACGAUAGAGAGGAAGAAGGAUGCUGAAAGGCGAGCGCU